UCGGGAAGUCGAUCGGCUCGUCCGAUCAUUCGACACGUGUUCUAUCUUCGUCCCCUCCCCUCUUUCCCUUCUGCAUCGUCCCUCGGUCAAGACGGGGGCGAUGACUCUCUAGAAUCCUCCUUUCUCUCUCAACCAUCGUCUUCGACCCCGCCUCCAUCGCCAUGAGCUUUUCGACGGAGCAGGUGAUCAGCGAGCGACUAAUGGUACCUGGGGGAGCCUUCUCAGCAAUCCGGCAAGUGCGUCAUCCUCGGUUGAGUCCGGAUCUUCUCCGAUUCGCGGCCUUCUUCAGCAUGGCGGCCAUCCACACGGCAACGGAGUUCCAAUUUGGACAAUCCGGAGUAGCGCGAGUGUUGGCUGAGGCGUCAGCCUUCUUGCGCCUUUCUCCACCAGGAGAAAGCCACGUGUCGGUCGUCGUCGUCUUCUCAUGCAACCUCUCGACGCUACACCCAGCACGGCACACUGCCAUCCUCCGACAACUGCGAGACUGGGCAUUGAGCCUUACGGUCGAGUGGGUGCGGCUAUUGGCAUGGCCUCGCGAUCACGUCGUGACGAUGAACGACAUCGAUCUCCAGCUCUGCUUCUCCUCCACCGCACCUGAAUGGCGACAAGCUUACGUGGCACUCAGUUUCUGCCUCCUCGAGAUCGCCUUCCAUUGGGUGGAGCCUUCCGACAGGAGCGCGGAGGACGAGAUCCCGGACGACGAGGUGGAGUUGCUGCUCAGGAUGGACACGGAGGGAGACUUCUUGGGGAUCAUAUUUGGGGAAGUGCGAGACGACCAUCUGAGCUCCAUUACGGACGAACUGCUGGUGUUCCUGACCCAAGUACUGAACGAUCUGCCCUUGGAGAUCCUCUCGCAUUGCGACGAGAGAUCUGGGAUAGCCGCACUCGUCCGUACCCUCGAGCCGCAUCUCCUUUGGUCCACGUGUACGGAACUGGAGGGGAACGGCUACUACCUCCCCUCGAGGGGUGCAUAUCUGAUCGUCGACGUUACUGAUCACUCCACGUGGGACCCGCUCAUUCGGCACGUCCCUAUAGGAGAGACCAACGAGGAGGCUGAUGAGGAAGAAGAAGAAAGUGAAGAGGGCGAUCACCUCCAGUAUACAGAAGGUGGGACGACGCCAGAGGAGGAGGAAUCAGGAGCAAAGUCGGGCGAUCCUGACUAUGGGGAAUCGGAGGACGCCGAGUCGGAAGGAGCCAGUUCGGGUCGAGUGGAAUCAAGGGAAAAGGAAGGUGAAUCGGGGGAAUUAAGUGGUCCCGACGAAUUAAGUAGAGAGGAAAGGGAGGCCGUGGCACAGAGGGUACGGGCAGCAGCGGAAGGAAAGCGGCCGAUCGAAGGAUCAGACGGGCCACCCCCGAUGCAGGACGAUCCGACGCACAAUCCAGAACCGCCGAGGGAGGAAGACGAGCAAGAUGACCCCACCGCGGAGGGAUCCAGAAGCCGGCGCCGCCGAGGAAGUCGAUCGCCCUCCCAAUUCUCCCCAGCUCGGCCCACAGCCCUUUGCCUACGUCGAGAUGCGGGUGCACGGGCUUCGUACCCGGUCAUUAUCCCGCCGUCCCCAUGACUUCCUUACCGUGCAACAACUCGUAGGUCAACCCCCGUUCCCGGAUACAUGGCAGCCAUUUCCCCUC